AUGCCAAAGAAGGAUGGUAGUACUGGGAAAGAAGUGAAGGAGAAAGGCUCGACAGACCGAGUCAUAAAAAAAGAAACACCUGUCGUCAAGCAAGUUAAAGGGAGAGAGAAAGACUCGAUGGAAAAAGCUUUGAAAAAGGAUCCUUCCACCAGCAAAGAAACCAAGGGAGAUUUGAAAGAAGACUUAGAAUUUGAACUUAAUUCGAAGGUGUUGUGCAAAUACCGUGAUAGUCUCUAUUAUGAAGCAAAAGUUAUUGCUAUUGAUGACAGCCCUGAUCAAGGGAAGACUUAUACCGUUCAUUAUCAAGGGUGGAACUCUCGGCAUGAUGAAAAAAUCCCUCAAGCAGACAUAAAAGCGCGUUUUCUGCAGUGUACUCAGGAAAAUUUGGAGAUGGCAAGGUUUGUCACGGUUUUGAACAAGUAUUUCCAGGCAGAAAUGCAAGAAGCUCGACAAAGUGAGAAGAAACGCAAAAGCCGGAAGUUCCCUGGUAUUGGUGAUGAAAAAAAGCUGGGAGGCACUGAUAGUCGGAGUAGUACUCCUUCAGAUAAACUACCAAGUGCCCCUCCCAGCGUAGCGUCUAGUGAGCGAGGUCUUUUUGUUUUGCCUUCUGGUGGGAGGAAGAUAAAGAAUAGCGUAUCUCGCCCAGUACCAACUCAGAAUGAGGUUCUCGAGCCUCCAAAAAAGGAAAUAAAAAUUGAGAUGCCUUCUACGUUAAUGGAACUGUUGGUUGACGAUUAUGACAUGGUAACAAGACAGUUGCAUCUUGCUAAAUUGCCAGCUCGUUUCACUGUCGAUGAUAUUGUAAACGAAUACUCUAACCACGUGAGAGAAACGUUGCCUAAUUACAAGGAGCUUAAAGUAGUGCGCGGAAUGCACGAAAUAUGGUUACGGAUGGAUACUUUAAUUGACUGUGCACUUGGGAUACAAGAUUUUUUUAACGCUACUUUAGGAGCUCGUCUUUUGUACAAAUUUGAGUACCCGCAGUACGAUGAGAUUAUCGAACAAAAGAUGGAGGAAAUAAAGGGGGAUGCAUUAUCAAACAUAUCAGCAAGCGAAGAAACCAGUACCUCAAAUGACGAUUUCGCUUUGGAAAAGAGAUGGAAGCCUUCAGAUACCUUUGGCUUUGUUCACUUACUCCGUCUUCUUGUGAAGUUUGAUUGCUUGUUAUGCGAGGCGAAGUGGGAAGACCAAGGGGAACGUUCUGUUAUUAGUACAGUUGAGCACGUUGCACGAUUCAUCAAUUUUUUGGACGAAAAUAGGCAGAAAUUUUUUGACGUUCAGAAAGAUUAUAUUGUUGCAUCUGCUGAAUAUCAGAAGCGACAUCCAGACGUACAUGGGUUAUAG